AUGGAGGUCCCAGCUCACGACCUGUUCCAAAGACUGUCGACGUCGAUCUCAAAGCUAUACUUAAGCCCACCGCCUGAGAAUGUCCUUCCCUCAACGAAUACGUUGAGUGCUGCUCGCUCUAUGCUUCAUCCCCACCUCCAGAGCCAGGGCGUGGGUCUCGAAGAAAGCAUACGGCACAUACAAGAGGACCUCGCCCCAGCCUUCAACAGUAGUUCCCGCUCUCCUAAUUACUACGGCUUUGUGACCGGUGGUGCGACACCAGUAGCACUGCUUGCUGACAACCUGGUCACAGCCUAUGACCAAAACGUGCAAGUUCACCUACCAAAUGAGACCAUCGCCACAGACGUUGAGGAUCGAGCUCUUUCUCUAUUGUGCGAGUUGCUCAAUUUCGAACCAGAACAAUGGCCACAUCGCAUAUUUACCACAGGUGCGACGGCAGCCAAUAUCCUGGGGCUGGCGUGUGGACGAGAGUAUGUGAUUGCUGAAGCCUCAGCACAUCGUACAGACGUCGAGAUUAGCGUUGGCGAACUUGGUAUCACGGAAGCUAUGCGGAAAGCUGGUAUCGACGAGAUCCAAAUCUUGACCACGGUACCGCACUCAUCGCUGAGCAAGGCGGCAAGCAUACUGGGUCUGGGGCGGACGAGCGUUAAGUGUCUAGGACAGCCAGAUGCGCCGCACAAAUUUGACAUGCAGCUACUCAAGAAGUCUCUUGAGCGACCUGGUGCCGCAUCGAUCGUGGCUAUCUCUGCAUCAGAAGUCAACACAGGAGUCUUUGCGACUUCUGGGCUAGAAGAAAUGCAGGAGAUGCGAAAGCUGUGCGACAUGUAUGGAGCAUGGAUACAUGUGGAUGGUGCGUUUGGGCUCUUCGGCCGCAUAUUGACCUCACCCGCGUACUACUCUAUUACCCGAGCUUGUGAAGGUCUUGAGCUUGCGGAUUCGAUCACAGGUGACGCGCACAAGCUGCUCAACGUACCAUACGACUGUGGCUUCUUCUUCUCUCGACACCGCAACAUCGCUGAACGCGUAUUCCAGAAUCCCAACGCGGCAUACCUCGCUUCUGGGAACGACGCGAACGCCAUCAUGUCACCACUGAACAUCGGACUCGAGAAUUCUCGACGAUUUCGAGCGCUGCCGGUUUACGCCAACCUUGUUGCGUAUGGUAAAGAGGGCUAUCGUACGAUGUUGGAACGACAGAUUGAACUCUCGCGAGGAAUCGCAAGAUAUAUUCUGGAGACUGAUGGAUAUGAGCUCCUCCCUCAACACGAUACUCCUCAGGAAGACGUCGUAAACAGCAUAUACAUCAUUGUACUGUUCCGUGCAACAGAUGAAGCACUAAACAAUCAACUGGUCAACAAGAUCAAGGCAACGAGGAAAAUAUAUGUGUCAGGUACAGCAUGGGACGGGAAGCCAGCAUGUAGGUUUGCAGUUUCUAACUGGAUGACGGACGCCGAGAGGGAUUUGCCCAUCAUCAAACAGGUGUUGCAAGCCAUAUUGUCCGACAAAGAGAGUGUACAGUCGAAAUAG